AUGGUGCAUAUUAAUGAAUGGCGCUACGCGCGUAGCACUCGGGGUUGCGUCUCUGCAGAUGGCGGGCUGCGGGAUCACACAAGACGUCCUCGAGAUAGAUGCGUGACGCAGCGCGCAGGUUCGCCUCGCCCCGCACCCCUCGCGGUGCGUAACCUCUCUCCGUCGGUCAGUUCGCAAAAAACGUCGAUUUCGUGCGGCUGCUGCGGCGGCAGGUGGUGUGGUGUGCAUGCAAGUGGUAUUCGUGGUGCGUGGUGUCAGUGCAAGCGGAGGUUAGCGGUGCGUCUCUAUCCGCUAGGCCCGGGCGGCAGUCGCUCGUUGCCAGCGCCCGCCGCGGGUCGUCCUCGCCCCGACGUUAACGCGAACGAUCUCGAUAGCACUAACAGGUACACGAGCCUUUAUAAUCUAGUUAUCAUCAUGUAA